UGCAACAAAUGAACUGAUGUUGGCUGAUUUUGGAACAAGCGCAAGUUCUGCGUUGUAAAAAAAUAUUGUUUCGUUUUCAACUACAUUCAGUCAUAAAACAAAUCUGAUUGUACGAAGUUAGACAAAUUGACUCAAAAAUAUUUAAGUAAAUAAAACAAAUUCUAUAUAUAAAAAAAUAAUUGUGACUCUAAUUAUUUAAAAGAUGUAGUAAAUAUAUAUGUGUAUAUAUAUAUGUAUCACUGUAGUUAAAAUAAAUAUAAACAUUUGCACACAUACAGACAAAAAAAUAUAUAAACAUAUUCGAUCAAAAUUAUCUGCAACUCAUAGCAUUAAAUGCAAUUCGUCACCUGAAAAAAGUCAUUAGUUCUGAAUUUUAUUGGAAACUUGUAAAUGAAAAGGAAAAUUAAUGAAAAAAAUUUAACAAAUUUAAAUAAUUAUAAAUAAUAGCGUAUUACGCAUAUUAAAGUGACUUAACUAUCAAAAAAAAAAAUAAAUAAAUAAAAAUAAUAAUACGCAGUGAUAAAAACAUUAAUAAAAAAUCAAACACAUAUCAUAUGUGUUGCUUUGUAAAGUGACUCAUCAAAAUAGAAUUAUAAACUUUAUGUACUUAUGUAGCUUUAAAUAAAAUAAAACAAAAUUUAUAUUAUAAAAAUUAAGUACAUAACAAAAAACUUGUUCAAAGUAAAAAUGCCAUUUUAAUUUACCAGAGUGCUUACAAUAUAUUAAAUUAAUUAUUUGUAUAUGGAUGAACGUAUAUAAAUAUAAGUGCAACACAAACGUAUGAGCAACUCAUGCAAACGUAUGCGUAAAUAAAUAUACGAGAGAAGAAAAAAAAAUAAAAUAAAAUAAAAACAACAACAUAGCAGCAACAAAAAUCAACACUGCCAAUAAUAAAAUUAAAUAUUUUAUUUUACUUAAAAUGACUGAAAAUAUUUAUACACGCUAAUUUUUUUGCAAUUCAUUAAUAAUAACGACAUUAUUUUUAAAUAAAAGCGAAGACGUUGAACGUCCAUUGCCAACAUAAAUGUUAACUAAGUAAAUACAUAUAUUCUAUAUGUAUAUAUAAUAUACAUUCAAUGUAAAUUGUAAAUACUCAACCUAUAAAAAUAUGGAAAACAUCACCGAGGCCAAUUUUGAAUCCUCCGCUAACGAUAGCCUCAGCGAAAGAAAUACCAGCACUGAUAUGGAUAAGCAAAUUUUAAUAUUUGGUUCACAAUUAGUCAAUAUCAACUCCAGUACGCCAUAUUCUGACGCAACGCAGACAAAAAAGCAUUCUCCUGGGCAUAUUAAACGUCCUAUGAAUGCGUUUAUGGUUUGGAGUCAAAUGGAAAGGAGAAAAAUCUGUGAAAAAACCCCUGAUCUACAUAAUGCAGAAAUUUCUAAGGAACUUGGCAGACGUUGGCAGCUUUUAGGAAAUGAGGAAAAGCAGCCAUACAUUAAUGAAGCGGAAAAACUACGCAAGCUUCACAUGAUAGAAUAUCCAGAUUAUAAAUACCGACCACAAAAGAAACAUUCGAAAUCAUUAAGUGUUUCAAAACCAAAGCUUGACUCCAACAGUGAUAAAAGCAAUCAAUAUGAUAAUAAAAAUUUAAAGGCGUAUUCUACUUGUUCGGUUAAACAGACUAUCUCAAAACAUGGUCGAAAAAAUAAAAGAGGAUAUAAAGAUGCUAACCGCACUGAGUUUGAAAAACAUAAAAAAGUUUUCAUUGAAACUUUCGACAACACCUGUACAGAGCAGGAUAUAAAAACCGAAGCAAUACAAGUAGUUCCUUCAACAAAAUUUUCGUAUACCUCAAAUCCAACUAUUAAUUUAGAUGCAAAUUCUUCAUCAUUCAAUAUUACUGAUAAAAAUUGCAAUAUAUUUUCAAAACUGAUUACUAUAACCCAAAAUAAUGAUUUUAAUGAUGAACAUAAUAUACCUGAAUUAUUGCGUGUCCCUUCCAGUGAUACUAAUUUAUUACAUCUAGAUGAUGUUUUAAAAUAUGUGACUACCGAAAACUGCUUUGAUCAGUCCAAAAUGAAAGAUAUUAAAUCUGAACUUCCACUGCCAGAUACAAAUAAUGUAGAUAAUCUAUCCUUUGCCAACACCUCAAUAGAAACAAAUCAAUUUGUAAAUGACGAAAAUAUUACUAAUUUUGAUAAUAAUGAAAAUAUUGUUAAUGAUGCCAAUUUACAUGCUGCAAGCCAGUUAUCCUAUGAUAUGGAACUGCAAUAUCCUGAUAAUUUUACAAAGUUUACUUCAUUUGGUAAUUCAAUAACGGAACAUCAAUUACAAAAUCAUACAGCAAAACUUAAUGCUGAAGAGAAUUUACAUAAUUCCGAAAUUGAAACAAAUGAUGAAUGUUUAACUGCUCUGUACUGUGACAAUGAAUGUCAAAAUGACAUAUUAUUUGAUAACCAAAACACUGUGGAACAACCUACCGUAACUAUGAAUAUAGAAAUACAUAAUGGAUUACAAUAUCGUAGUUCCGGAAACGUAGCAUUCCAUAACGACGACAUUUACUCAGUUUCAAUUCCUUGUGCGGAUGAUAGCAAUUGCAGCAUUUUAAACUCCACACAUUCGACGCAUACCACAUAUUGCGGUGAUUUCGCAAACGCAGCAAUUGAAACAAAUAUUGGAGAUGCUUCCACUUAUACAACACCAAUCAAUGUGAUUUUAGAACCUCAAAAUGAUCUCAAUUGUACGAUCUAUGACACAAAUGGUGCUCUUUUAGCUCUGAGCUACGACGACUUUCAGCCAGAAUUAAGUAGUAGUCAUUUAGAAUUUAAUAACAGAUAUGAGUUUCCAAGUUUAUAAGAGAAUCAAUAUAAUAUAAUUAUAGUUAAGAUUUUAUAUUUUAUAUAACGAAAAACUUAAAA